AAAUUGAAAAUAAUUUCAUUACUCCAUAAUUCAUCAUUUUACCACUAACAUUAAUCAAAAAGCGCAUUAAAUAAAUUAAUAGAAUCAUUAGGUUUACCGUGAGUUAAUUUGUAGUGUAAUGAAUUGAAUUUUUCACACGCUUCUGAAUGGAAAAAAAACAUCGCUCAGGGGAAAUGGCAAUGAAAAAUUGCAGUGUGGGAUUUCCUCAUGAGUUGAUCACAAGAGAGAUUGAGAGAGAGAGGAAGUUCGUCUCCUUGGGAUUAAACACCGUUUCCGCUUGAUUCACUCCCAUCGCAGUGCAAUCUCGUGACACAUAUCUUGCGUUUGCUUUUCUUCAAAAAGAAAAAAAAUUUCACAAUGACCUAAACAGAAUUGCUUUUAUCUCCACGCUCGACGCAUUAUCAGACACCUUAAAAGUUUUCAUGCUCUUGUGUGUGCGAUAAGAUCAGAAUUCGGUGCAGAAAAGACUCGCUCAAGACUUGCGGGUAUUGUCAAUUGAGCAUAUUCGUGGGCGUGUGUGCGACGAGAGGCACUGCCGACGGUGUGUGUGAGUGGAAGUGAGAUGCGCUGAGAUCUCUAGAACACUUUUAAUUAACGUAAAAUGAAGACAGGUGUAAAUUGAUAUAGCACUUGCAAUGGUCGGGCUUUGAGCGUACACAGAACGGAGUCACGAAUUGAGUGGCUGUCGAGAGUGCUCCGUGAAAGCAUCUCGGGUCUUUUGGUGUGCUCAGGGGUGAAUCUUCCUCUGCUUCCCUAUCGGAUUACGUGCGGCUGAUCCACAUGCGGCUCCCUGGGGAUGUAUUGACAUAGACGCAGAGAUACCCUUCGAAUGUGUGAUACGAUAUUUAUAUAUUUUCAAAGUGAUAAAAAGAAGAAGAAUAAGUAUCGGAGGCGAUAAGAAGGCGACACAGUCACCUGCAGGUUGGGUGGAAAACACGAAAGACAUUCACUUCUCGGCGUCAAUUGGAAAAGAGCGGUGUAUUUUCACCUCACAGUGACUUAUAGACGGUGUUUCGUGAGGGAUUUCCCAGUGCGAAGUGCGGCGCUUCAGACAUUUGAUAUUAUAUAGUGACAUUCCCGGCUUGUCUUUUUUUCCAUUGGUGAAAAAUGCCAUGUUUCUUUCGAUUCAAGAGCUCCAAAGGAUAUGAUCUGCCCCAGGUGAAUCCCCAGCAGCAAAAUGGCAAUCGUGAGAAGCCAAUUGAACGAAUUAAAUCCUUUCUACCGUCACAAAACCCCAUUCUGCCACCCGAACAGCCGCAGGCCAGCAGCAGCCGAGAUGACCGCAACCGGCAUAACUUGACCACAAUUAUGGUGAAUGGCGUGACAGCGGAGCGCGAUGAGGCGAAGAGGAGCCCGGAGGAGGACAAACCGCCAAUGCCCCCGCUCGCGGUGUCUCCGCAGAUCACGGCCAAGACCAAACACCCCAAGAGGCCUGUGACGUCAAUUAAGAAGCACGCCCCGACGCCGCCGCGCAACGAGCUGCGGGUGGAGGAUUCGGGGGUGAAAGUUGGGGGUGAAGCACCUGAGAGACACGUCGUCUCGCUUCAGGUGAGUGAUGCGACGCAGAGCGAAGGGAGUGUCGCAGAGAGCAAGAGCGAGGCGCCCGCUGGGACGCCGGAGAUUCCCAUGAACGGGGACCGGUCGUCCACCUCCACCACGGGCACUGAGGGACAGUCGACGGGGCGGAAGAGUUCACAGAAGUCCAGCGAAGGGGUGAAGCCCAAGGCGAAGAAGCGCUCGGGCGUGGACGGAGGCAAGUUUGAGCUGAAGGAUGUGCAAAUUGAGCCCUACCCGAAGGACCAGAAGACCCUGGACACCCUCAAGGAGGCCGUAAUGGCUAAUGACUUUCUGAAGAACAUUAUGGAUACGGAGCGAUUAGACCUGAUUGUCAAUUGCAUGGUGCCGGGCAGCUCGAAGGAGGGCACAUUUAUCAUCACCGAGGGCGACAUUGGCUUCUACCUCUACAUUUCCGGCGAGGGCGCUUACGAGGUGCUGAAGGGCGGCAAGGCGAUCAGCUCCUUCGGCACGGGAGUGGUGUUCGGCGAGCUGGCGAUCCUGUACAAGGCCAAGAGGUUCGCCUCCAUUCGCGCCACGACAGACGUCCAGUACUGGAUGCUGGACCGCCAAGUGUUCCAGAAGAUCAUGAUAGAGACUGGGCGGAAGGAGCAGGACGACAAUAUGCGCUUCCUCAGCUCAGUGUCCAUCUUCCGUGACACUUCGAAGCCGAUUCUGCACAAGAUAUCGGAUCUGCUCCGCCGCGAGUUCUACAAGACGGGCUCAUACAUCAUCCAGCAGGGCGAGAGAGGUGAUAAAUUCUACAUCAUUCGGGGCGGAACAGUGACCGUGACGAAGAGGGACGCCGAGGGGCGCUCAGUGAAGGUGGGCGUCCUCAAGAGGGGCGACUACUUUGGCGAGAAAGCCCUGCUCACCGAGGAGAGACGCCUCGCGAGCAUCAUCGCCAAUGAUCCGGGCACAGAGUGUCUGGCGCUGGACAAGGACUCCUUCCUCAAUUACAUCGGACCCGUGGAGAGUCUGCAGAAGACCUCCCAAGUCACGGAGCCCAUCAUACCGGCGACAACAGUGGUGAAGACAGAGUUCAGCCACAUCAGGCUGGAUGAGCUGGAGCUGGUGGGAACGCUGGGAGUUGGCGGAUUCGGGCGUGUGGAGUUGGUUCAGUAUCGCAAUAAGGAGAGCUUUGCCCUCAAGUAUCUCAAGAAAAUCGAUAUGGUGCAGCAGCAGCAGCAGGAGCACGUCUACAAUGAGAAGAACAUCAUGGCACAGUGCAAUUGUGAAUUCAUCAUCAAGCUCUUCGCCACGUUUAAGGACAACAAGUACCUCUACUUCCUCAUGGAGCCCUGCCUGGGUGGCGACAUUUGGGGAUUGCUGCAGAAGCACCGUCGAUUCGACGAGAAGGUCAGCAGAUUCUUCACGGCGUGCGUCGUGGCGGCCUUUGAGUACCUGCACACGCGAAACAUCGUGUACAGAGACCUGAAGCCGGAGAAUUUGAUGCUAGACUCUAAGGGUUAUGUUAAGUUAAUUGACUUCGGCUUCGCCAAGAUCCUCGGUCACGCGCAGAAGACGUGGACUUUCGCCGGAACGCCCGAGUACGUGGCGCCGGAGAUCAUCCUGAACAAGGGACACGACAGAGCCGUGGAUUACUGGGCGUUGGGCAUCUUCAUCCACGAGCUGCUCGUGGGGAAGCCACCGUUCCGGGCGAAGGACCACCUGAAGACUUACACACUGAUCCUGCGCGGCAUCGAAUCCGUGGACAUGUCGAGCCACAUCCCGAAGAAGGCCCAGGACGUGAUCAAGAAGCUCUGCCGCCAAAUGCCGCUGGCCAGGCUGGGCUAUCAGAAGCAGGGCAUCGCGGACAUCAAGAGCCACGCCUGGUUCGCGAAGUUCGACUGGGAGAAGCUGCGCAACAAGGCCAUGGUGGCGCCGCUGAUCCAGCCCGUGCGCAACGUGACGGAUCUGACCAACUUCGACGACUGCCCGUCGGAUCGCGAUGAGCCGCAGGAUGAGACGUCCGGCUGGGACAGAGACUUCUAAUCUUGAUCCCCCCUGCAGUCAUUCCGAGGCAUGCGUUGCUGAUAAGGCGCGCUCGCGUGUGAAUGCUCUUUUACAUCAUUGAUUCCCUUAUCGAUAUAGCAAAUUAGUAUUUAAUCAAUGGCAUUAUGUAUCUAUAUGGAUUUGAUACAAUGACGCAAUCACACAAGCUUGUUUUGUAAAACACCCAUGGAUUUGUCAAUUUGCAAAGAUUGUGUGCCAUAAGAGGAAAAUUCCCAUCGCCAUCAAGAUGGCGGACAUUUGCCGGGCGCUGAAAAUCCCAUAAAAAUGAGUAAAUGAUGUGCGACUGAAUCAAGAGAAGUGCGAGUGUUUAUUGGACUGAAUUAAAUGAACAUGAAUCAUUCCCAUUAGACUCCGUGUUUUGGCAUUAAGUGUUUUAUUUUCAAUCGACGUCAAGCCUAAUUGGAAAUCAAUAAUGUCCGAUAAGGCAAAACGAUUUGAUCGAUUUAUAUUAAGCUUUUCAACUUGUGGAUUAGCAUCGACUGGGUUAACUUUACCAGUUAGCAAUAUGAUAUUUUUAUCCGCAAAAAUUUUGAGUUUCUUCUAUUGAUUUUUCUGUCUCAUUUUAUAUUCACUCCCAGUGAAAUUCGAGAAAAGUGCCCCAAAAGGAUUCGUGUAUGGUGUUUGGAAUA